AUGGCGCAAGGUGGUGUCAAUGAAUUAGACGGACUGUUUGGGAAAUUUAAUAUAUCAGGAAAUGAAGAUAAACUAGAUACUAUGUGGAACACCGUUUUAAAUCACGGAUACGGAUACAGUGAACUUGGAGGAAGUCUUGCAAAAACAACAUACUUGGUCUGUAAAAUAGACAGUGUGCCUAAGCCUAUAAUAAAAGGAAAUGACCAAGGAACACAUGCAGAAAAGCAACUGAUGAAUAAUCUGAAAGAAAUGACACCGCCAAAAAAUAAGGUUACUGUUUAUAUAAACAACUCCCCCUGUGCUGAUUGUGCCCUGAUAUUGAAAACAUACUUAAAAAAAAAUAAGGGUAUUCAUUUGACUUUAUAUGUCACUCACUUGUACAACAUAAGACGAAUGUCUUGCGAAAUGGGAGCAAAGAAAAACGAAGGUCAUAUGAAAUUUAUUAAAGAAAACGAACACGAAGCUAAUUACCAAGGACUGAGGGAUUUGAUCAGUCUGGGAGAUAACCGCUGCAAAAUAGAAGCUUUUACUGAGGAUGUCUGGAGAGAACUACACGAAGUCAUGGGCUUGACUGAAGAUUGUCAGCAAAGAAUGAUAACGUACGCUGAAACCAAGAUCACGGACCCCAAGAACAAGGCGAAAAACCAUGAUAGAAGCCGAAAAACAGAAGACAUUAACAUUAAAAAUGAUCUUAUUCACUUACAAAAAAAUGUUGAUCCAUGGCACGAAAUUAAAAAAUAG